AUGCUCAAGACUUCUGUGGCCGCUUCCCCAGCAUACAUGAACCUACAACAGCAGUACCACGACUCCAUACUGCAAGGAGAUGAGCGCCUGUUUAAGUCCUCUCAGUCGCACAAUAACGUGGACUCCACCGUCAAGUACAUCACCUUCAACCAGGAUUCGACAUGUGUGGCGAUCGGCCUAAAUAAUGGGUAUAAGUUAUACUCAAUCAAGCCGAAGUUCUCUAAAUGCCAUGUGUUGAAAAAGGACGAGGCGGUGGGGAUCGUGGAGAUGUUAUAUUGCACGUCCCUUUUGGCGAUUGUAGCUCUUGGAGAUGAGCCCGGCUCGCUGCCCAGAAAACUCAAAAUUGUCAACACUAAGGAUAACAGUAUAAUAUGUGAUUUGAUUUUUCCCACGGCUAUAUUGGGCGUGAGGCUUUCUCGCCACAGAGUGGUUGUGCUUCUAGAAGAGCAAAUCUACAUCUACGAUAUCAUAAGCAUGCAUCUACUCCACACAAUUGAGACAAGCCCUAACACGAACAAGCUCUGCACGUUGUCUGAUGACUUUGUGGAUGCGUCAGAUCCAGAAGGUUCUACUCAUUCCACAUCUUUUUUAGCCUACCCGUCUCCGCCCAAAACAGUUACGCACGAGGCUCUCAUAGCGAAUCCAACUUACGUAGCAGGCAACACAACAGCCCCGAAUGCCAAUGUUCCAGCGCCUGCUAAAACUCCAAAAAGGGUCGGCGAUGUCAUCAUCUUUGACCUUAAAGCUCUUCAACCAGUAGUGGUGAUCGAAGCUCACAAGUCUGCCUUGGCCGCGUUGUGCCUAUCAAGAGAUGGACACCUCCUUGCGACCGCUUCAAACAAGGGUACCAUUGUUCGGGUGUUUAGCGUCGACACCGGCGAGAAAUUGUACCAGUUCCGUCGUGGGACUUACCCAACUAAAAUAUACUCUCUCUCAUUCAGUUCCGACAACAAGUAUGUUGUGGCUACAAGUUCAAGUGAGACUGUCCAUAUUUUCAGACUAGGCGAAGAGGAGCUACUAGCGAAUAAGCAGAGAAGGAAGCGAGAAUCGAAAACAAAGAAGAUGCGUCUAAACCCAGCAAGCACGAUAAACGAGGAAGAUGAAGACUCUUUAAAGAAGGCUGAUGAGGAAGAUGACUUCAUUGAGGAUGAUGGUGAUGAUAGUGAUGCAGAGGGUGAACGCGACAGCAGCAAUACCGCUAAUGUUGGAGAUGUAACAAGUCAACGAAAACUUUCACAUGGUUCCACUAACUCGAUUAAUAGCGGGACGUCUACUUUCUCCAAUAUCAGUGCAACGACUGAGGAAUUAAAAGAGAGGUCUGAGCCCGUUGUUGACCAAAGCAGGCUAUCCGUGGCACGUCUUAUUCGUCGAUCAUCACAGAACCUUGGUAGGAAAGCUGCACAAAAAAUGGGCGACUUCCUUCCAUCCAGGUUUUCCUCAAUAUUGGAACCAACGAGACAUUUCGCCUCUCUCAAGAUCCAAACGGUCGAAAAAGAUGUCAAGUCGAUAGCCACUAUGAAUGGUGAAAUUCACGAAGAUUUGGUCCCACUAACCUACUUGCUAUCGAAGGAAGCAGAAUCUCGCCAACAAGCCAGCUCACCUGAGUCAGGCACAUCCAACAAGGACCUUGUGCUGUUAGAACUUGUUCACAUCAAUGUCGUGACAUCAGAGGGAUACUACUACACGUAUGGUCUAGAUCCAGAUCGUGGGGGGGAUUGUAUCUUGCUCAAUCAGUAUUCCCUACUAGAGGAUUAG